GGACCAGUUGAUGUGGGCAUAAAUUUGGUCACAAACGAUCAUAUCACAGCAAUGAUGCUUGAAAUGGCCGAUGAUGACGAUCAUUUGCAUCAGAGUAUUGCCGCUGAACUAAUCGUACAGACAGUGAGUAAGCACGAACGUGCAACAACCAUACUCAAGGUUAUUAUGCUCGUUUCGAUUGCAUUUUUCCUUCGCUCCAUCUUGUUUACAACCGAAACGUUAUGGAGCUGUGUUGUGGCACGAAAACUAAUUGCAAUUAUCAUUGAUAUGAUAAUUGAUAUGAUAUGUAUUUGUAAGUGUACGUUUGCGGGUGAUUCUGCUUGA